AUGUUGGAACGAGAACACGACCAAAAUAUAGAAAGAGAGUCUGUUGUAUUUAAGCGAAGUCAAAACUCGGAACACACAAAUACGCCCUUUGAACGAGUUUGUGGUGGAUCUGUCGAUGCUGUAUUUCUUUGGGUGAAUGGCACCUCUCAACGUCAUUUAGACUUAAUGAAACAAUAUGGCCGCACCAAAGUCGGGGGCUUAUAUAAAGACUAUGGGACUCUUCGUUUUGGCUUCCGUUCUAUAGUAGCGUAUGCUCCAUGGAUCAAGAGAAUUUUCUUAGUAACUGACGGCGAAGUUCCUGAUUACAUAGAUGAGGAGAAAGGGAAGACUACAGUCCCACAAUUGAUAAUAGUCCCACACUCGACAAUUAUUGAGAAGGAAGUGCUUCCCACAUUUAACUCCAACACCAUCGAAAGUUAUUUGCACAAGAUUCCAACCAUCUCGAAGUGUAUAUUGUACUUGAACGAUGAUAUGAUGCUUGGAAGACCAGUCAAACCAGAAUUUUGGCUUGGAAACGAUGGAAGACUGAACGUCUACCACAACGGAUUUGUCGCGCCAAAUAAGGAAGGAGAGAAAACAUCAAUUUGGCAUCGGUCGGUGAGUACAUCAAACAAAUUGGUCAGCGACAAAUACGGAAAUGGAAAUACUCUUCAACACCCAUACCCAUCACAUCACUGCUAUUUCAUGUUGACGGACACGUUGAACUUCAUGGAAAAUACUUGGAAAGAUAACUACACAGCAGCAAGACAAAACAAAUUCAGAAAGGCUAACGACAUCGUCAUCAGCUUCUUGCACGCUGCAGUAACUGUUGAGGAAAAUAAAGGGGAAUACGUCAAACAAAGAAGAAACUUCUACUUCAACUGGUGGACCGGAAACCACACCCAAAACUCGUACACAAUGAACCACAUCGCAAAGAAAGAAAAUUACUGCGUCUGCUUGAACGACGAUAUCGCUGACGCAACUAACGCCGACCGGGAAAUCGAAUUUCUUUAUAAAGAAUACUCAAAAGUCCUUCCAGACCCAUGCCCUUUUGAAAAGUAA